CAUCCGGCGGAAGUAAACAACCGGGCGCUAGGAGCGUUAGCUUCCAGGCUUCCUUCAGUUUAUCGUCGUUUAUGAGACGGUUUCUGCUGUGUGAGCUGAAUAUUUCAGUAUCUGGGGUAAUUAUAUCUUGGUUUCAACAUCAGCCGCGUUGCUGAUACCAGCUGGAAAACCAAAAUUAUCUCAACCUGCAGGUCUUCCACAGCAUCAUGUCGGUUAUUACUUGGGAGGUUGAUGCUGAUCACAUUCUCAUUAGCAAACAGAGGUCAAGCUAUCUGCUUGACCAUGAUUUACCAAACGGUGUGGAAAUAAAAGAGGAACCAGAACCCCUGACGACUGAGAAAGAAGAUCCAGAACCUCGAGUGAUUAAAGAAGAACAGAUUGAGUUGUGCGUCUUUCAGGAUGAAGGGCAGGUUUUGGUGAAGCAAGAGGCUGAAACCUCCACCUCCAUGGAGAGUCCUGAUUAUGGGGAAGCACUUCAGGACGAACCAGAGCAGCAGCAGAUGAUGGAGACGAAGGAGGAACCAGAGCCUGUAGAGAUCAAACAGGAGCGGGAGGACCUCUGUGGUAAUCAGGAUGAAGAACAACCAAAUGUUUUUGAGUUUUGUGGUAAUUCUUUCAUGCAGCAUAAUGAGUUGGCUAGUCACAUGAUACCUCAAGCAGAUGAGAAACCUUUCUCCUGCCUGACUUGUGGAAGAGGUUUUAACAAGCAGUACAACUUGACCGUCCACAUGAGAACUCACACAGGUGAGAAGCCGUACCCUUGUGAGCUGUGUGAUAAAUCUUUCAGGAGGAGCAAUGAUUUGGCCCGUCACAUCAGAACUCACACAGGCGAGACACCGUAUUCCUGUCAGUUUUGUGGUAAAUCCUUUAACGACAACAGUCAUCUCACCAUUCAUCUGAGAACACACACAGGUGAGAAGCCCUACUCGUGUGAAGUGUGCGGUAAAUCUUUGACUGACAGCAGUCAUUUGAUCAAACACAUGAGAACUCACACACCUGAAAAACCUUUCCCAUGCCUGACGUGUGGAAAAGGUUUUACUGCUCAGUCUGACCUGACAGUCCACAUGAGAACCCACACCGGUGAGAAACCCUUCACCUGUCUGGUCUGUGGUAAAGGUUUUAUCCAGAAAACUACCCUGAGUUAUCACAUGAGGACCCACACAGGUGAGAAGCCUUUUCCAUGUGACCUAUGUGAUAAAUCUUUUAUUCAAAGCAGCGAUCUGGCCCGCCACCUCCGAACGCACACAGGGGAGAAACCAUAUUCUUGUGACUUGUGUGACAAAUCUUUCAGACAGAGCAGCGAUCUGGCUCGUCAUAUUAGAACUCACACUGGAGAGAAGCCAUUCUCAUGUCAGAUCUGUGGAAAAGGUUUCACCAAGCAGAAUAAUUUGACCGUGCACAUGAGGAUUCAUACUGGUGAGAAGCCUUACUCCUGUGAAGCAUGUGGUGAAUCCUUCACUGUCAAAUUUAGUUUGACUAAACACAAAUGUAAACAUGCCAACCAGGAAGUUCUGCGACAGUAGAGGUGCUCUCUGAUUCACAAACUAGUCAGGUUUAUUGUUGUAGCACAUUUCAGCAACAAGGCAGUUCGAAAUGAUUUACAUGAUUAAAACAUAACACAAUAGUCAAUUUUGAAACACGCAGCAAACUACAUUUUGUCAAAUCCCAUCAUCAAAAUCAUAUGAUGAUACAGGGGGUUGAAGUCAACCCUCCUCUGUUACACCCCUGAAUCACCAAGCCAGCUGGUCACAGGCAGGAAACCACUGCCUCUACUGGUGAUUUCUGAUUGGCCAGAGGGGCUUCCAAAAGAUGUUGUGAUAGAAAUGUUUAUAAAUCUCAUCAGAAUACACCCUUUUUAACAUGUUUUUAUUUUUGCUUGGGUUUCCCCAUCAUUUUAUUACUGAUUGCUGUAUUUUAUAUCUGGGGAUUAUUUUGUAACUUGCAUGUCAUGUAAAGCAACUUUUAAAAAUGUUUUUUCAACAAAGCUUACAGCUUUAUGUGAUGAUAUAACAUGAAUGAAGUGUUAAAAUAAGGGUUUUUAUUAUUGAUUUGUUCUUCCUGAGUAUUAGAGGUAUCCUGCUUCAGAUGAUUAAAAUAUGUUAUGUUUGGAUGAUUAAACUAUUUACAUUCAUUCUUUUAA